AAAGGAGAAAGGCACAAGCUCUCGUUAGCCUCCCAGGGAGCCCCUCACUCCAAUUCUCUGCCCAGAGCAGCUGCUAAGACCUGAGACGGGAGAGACCAUGACACCUUGGCCUCCUGCCCGGGCUUGCGCCGCGCGUUAGGGCGCGCGUGCGUAAGAGCGCGCGCCGGACACGUGCCGCCCGCGAGCCCGCCGGCUAUUGGCUGUGACGCGAGUUCCGGUGCAAGCGGCGGAAGCCGGGCGAGCAAGCGGGUGAGCGAGCUGGGAGGCAGGCAGGCAAGAAGGCAGGCAGGCGCCCGGGAGGCAGGCAGCGAGGAAGCAAGGGAGCCAGAUAGGCCGGCGGAGGCCCGAAGAAAGCCGAAGCCUGCCCCCGUGCUCAGGUCCUCCGGUCCCCCGCCCCGGAGCCCCCAGCGGAGCGGACGCCGCCCGCCCCGGCCAUGGCCUCGCUGCUGAAGGUGGAUCAGGAAGUGAAGCUCAAGGUUGAUUCUUUCAGGGAGCGGAUCACAAGUGAGGCAGAAGACUUGGUGGCAAAUUUUUUCCCAAAGAAGUUAUUAGAACUUGAUAGUUUUUUGAAGGAGCCUAUCUUAAACAUCCAUGAUUUAACCCAGAUCCACUCAGACAUGAAUCUCCCUGUCCCUGAUCCCAUCCUUCUUACCAAUAGCCACGAUGGAUUGGAUGGUCCCAAUUUGAAGAAGAGGAAGUUGGAUGAGUGUGAGGAGGCCUUCCAGGGCACCAAGGUGUUUGUAAUGCCUAAUGGGAUGUUAAAAAGCAACCAGCAGCUGGUGGACAUUAUUGAAAAGGUGAAACCUGAAAUCCGGCUGUUAAUCGAGAAAUGCAACACGGUGAAAAUGUGGGUUCAGCUCCUUAUCCCCAGGAUAGAAGAUGGGAAUAACUUUGGUGUAUCCAUCCAGGAGGAGACAGUUGCAGAACUAAGGACUGUGGAGAGUGAAGCUGCAUCUUAUCUGGACCAGAUUUCUAGAUACUACAUUACGAGAGCCAAAUUGGUUUCUAAAAUAGCCAAAUAUCCCCAUGUGGAAGACUAUCGACGCACAGUGACAGAGAUCGAUGAGAAGGAAUAUAUCAGCCUUCGGCUCAUCAUAUCAGAACUGCGGAACCAAUAUGUCACUUUACAUGACAUGAUCCUGAAAAACAUUGAGAAGAUCAAGCGGCCCCGGAGCAGCAAUGCAGAGACGCUGUACUGAGGCCAGGGCCAGAGCCAGGGGACUCUGUGAGUCUGGCUCAAGACCGACAUUGCCUUGGUUUGUUACAUGACUAUCGAGAUGGGGAAACUGGCUGGAAAUAGUAAUCACACCUCUCUUCUGUUUUUAGUUAGAGUCUAAUGAAGCUCUCAUGUAGUUCUGUGACGUGUUUACCUCUUAUUUCAGGCCUCAGGAACUCUCCUACCCUAGUCCCCAUUCCCAACCUGCCCUGUUGAGACUCGUUUCUGGAGCGUUUGCAUAUGUGUCCAUGCACACGUGCACUUUCUCUUGAACUUUUUUUCCCACCCCAAUCCACCUCUGGUCUCUUGGUCUGUUUUGUCUUCUUUUCACUUAGUUGGUUAGACAUUGGGGGAGUUGGAAGUGAAAGACCUUAGUGUUUCUUUGAGGGAAUGGGGUGGGCUACCCUUACCUGUCUCUGGCAUAAAGGAUUCCUGAUGAUGGGAUGGGAAGUGGGGGGAAAAGGGAGGGAGAGGUUGUAUUUCCUAAAUUGCAUCUCCCUACCCCUGGGACCUUGGGAAAUAUUAUACUUUCUACUGUCUCAGAGGUUUUUUUGAUGUCUUUUUUGGGAGGUUUUCAGUUUUCCAUGUGUAGCUCUGCCACCGCACAUGUUCCUGACCCUAUUACCAGACCUUCCAUCCUCUUCAGGAGUUCAUCCUAGCUCCAAGAGUCAGGUGUCCAGGCUAAGUGGAGGAAGAUUCAGCUGAGAGGCACAGUCUGUUACACCUGAGCAGAUUGAUGGGGAGGGAAGGCAGCUACCAUCCUGUAACUCAGAGUCUUGUUGGGAAUUGUUCCAAAGACUGCUGCCCCAACUCUUUGGCUCUUAAAUCAGUUACAAAUGGGAGGUGGUGUUUUCUGAGCUUAGAUGAGAUGCUACUUUUAGGCUUUUUCCUUUUGGAGUAUUUUUCUUAUUUAUAUUUUUUCCCAAGGAGGGUAGGGUGUGUGCGUGCAUGUGUGCGUGUGUUUGUGUGUGAGAAAAUAUGGGUCAGAAACAUGAAGAGUUGCUGUCUUUCUCUUGAGAACUCUCUGGAUAUAUUCCAUUCAUUAUUACAGGUUCUUCGACCUCGCCCAUCUUCCCCCAGCCCUGUUACCCCUCAGAGAGGUUCUGUUUUUUUCAGCCAAUCAACCUUUCCCCUGUGUGUGUUUCCCCCCCUUCGGUUUUUCUCUCUCUUCACUUUCCUGCUGGUUUCCACCUGGGAUGCAUCACUAUCUGUCCCAUUAUGUUAUAGUGAAGGAGUAAGGACAUUGUCAUCCCAUGAGUAAUAUUCAGUAACAAACCAACUGUGUUUUAGUUGGGCCUCCCCUAGAUCCCGUCCUUGUCCCCAACCUACCUUGUCCCUCUCCACCAUGUGUUUCUUGGUGUUGUUUGCUUUUUUGUUUGUUGGAUUGUUCUGAUAUCCCCAACCCAGCUUCCCCAUUCCUUAUCCUACCCCAGCUUCCCUGGAUCGUAAUGUAAAAUUCUUUUACCAUGUCAAGAAAUUAUUAAAAAUACAGGUACUUUGACCUUUUUUUAAAAUCACAGACCCUAGUGUGAUCCUCAGAAAACUGAGGCCAAUCUCUGUACACACACCUCCCCUUACAGGCUGACUGCAGACGAGGUGAGCAACCUCUACUCCCCCUUCAAAAAUAUAAAGAUUGAUCUAACACGGUCUUCCAGUAUUAGGGGGAAAGGUGGACCCUUUCUCUGGUGGCCCCCCCAGUCUGUCUUGGUGCCUCUGAAAUGUGAGAGUCUCCUCCUCUCCUCUACCCCCACCCCUUCUCUUCUGGCAUCUGUGCUCCCUCCCCCAGUGAUUCUCAUGAGCUGCCAGUAGGGGCUGCUGUGCUCUCAUGUACUUGGUGUAGAGCUUCCUCACCAUCAAACUUAGAGACCUGCAGUAUCUGAGCUGGAAGGUCAUCUGAACCCACACUCCUGUUUUAUAGAGGAGGUAAUUGACACCCCAAGGAGAACGACUUGUCCAAGGUCAUAUUAGCUGGUUAGUGGUGAGCCGAGACUCAAACAGCAGCCUCCUAACUGGCUUGAUUGGUGCUCAACCUACUGCACCCCCAUGCCCUUUGCCUGUCCCAUAUGCCCUUGUUCGAGGGAGGGAUCAGGGAGAAAGCAUGCUGUGCCUGUGAUUUCAUUGGUGUGGGAGCUCCCAUCCAGGAACUUAAUUUACCAUUGUAGAUCAGUCCCUUCUGUCAACUCUAGUAUUAGAGAGUUAACUAGAGCACUAAGACUUGAAGUGACUGGCUCAGGGAUGCCUUGCCAGGAUGUGUCAGAGACAGGGUUUGAUCUCUGAUUUUCAGAAGGGUAUUUUCAAUUCCUUAAAGACUUUGUAUAUUGAUACUUAGUCUGUUCAUUAUAGGAGUGGUGAAUUUUGGGGGUUUUUUUUGGUAUGUUUGGCUGGGAUUCUCCUUGAUUUACAUCUUGCAAAUAUACCUUUCAUUUCCCAGUCGUGGUCUGAUACCAGCCUAACCUUGCUGCCACUCAAAAAAACCAAAACCAAAACAACUAGCUUUUACUUAGGAUUUGUUGUCUUCCACCUCUCAGAAUCAGUUUAAAAAAAAGACUAAUGUGGGAAAAGGAGAUUAGACAACAGAGAGGCCUUCCUAGAGAUGUGAGGCAGAGACACAUGGCAAAGAGUACCUUCCUUCUGCGAUGGGUGGGUGGUCAUGUUACCUAGGCCUGGAGCUCAGGCUUACGGUAGGACCUAGCUUAUUACCUGAGAAAAGCAGAAAGGUAUUGGGGGUAGCAAAGUGUAGUGGUCCAGAUGCUGGCUACCUCUAGGCUGCCCUUGUACUGUAUUAAAAUGGAGUCCUCACCCGAGGCUCUGUGAAGAGAUGAGGAGAGGGCCGUAUGUAUGUGUGUAUGUAUAUAUAUAUAUAUAUAUAUAUAUAUAUAUAUAUAUAUACAUAUACAUACACACACACACACACACAUAUAUGUAUAUGUAUGUGCAACAUCAGAAUUAAGAAAGUACUUUAGAAAUUAACUAUCCCAACUCCAUUUUAUACAUGAGGGAACUGAGACCUUCCCCUCACCCCUUAGCCCUCCAAAGGUAAAAGUAACGUGCUGUGAGUCUCAAAGGAUAUUAAUGAAUAGAGCUGGGAUUUCAGUGCAGGGCUGUCCUUUUAGGUUCUUUGACUCCCAGUCAAUGCUCUUUACCUCUGCACAAGGAUGCCUCAUAAGGAGACUUUUAAAGCAGGAAUCUUUUUCCAGCACCUGUUUGGUUGUACUUCAAGAUUCUAAAAUUUCUUUGCCCUUGGUCUAUGCUGUCCUUUAACUAAAGGAAACCCCUAAAUUAAACGUUUUUAACCAACAA